AUGAAUCCCAAUAAUAUGAGCGCUAUGUAUGCGACGGACGAAUAUGGUCGUCCGUUUAUUAUACUCCGGGAACAACAAAGCAAAAGUAGACUUAGUGGCAUCGAAGCCAUAAAGUCUCACAUAUUAGCAGCCAAGACUGUGGCAAAUAUCAUAAAAACUUCUUUGGGUCCAAAGGGUCUUGACAAAAUUCUAAUAUCUCCGGAUGGUGAUAUCACAGUAACAAAUGAUGGUGCCACGAUUUUAAGUCAAAUGGAAGUUGAGCAUCAAAUUGCAAAACUAUUAGUACAACUUUCAAAAUCUCAAGAUGAUGAAAUUGGAGAUGGAACAACAGGCGUUGUUGUUCUUGCUGGUGCCUUAUUAGAGCAGACAGAAAAUCUCUUAAAUCGCGGAAUUCAUCCCAUUAGAAUAGCUGAUGGGUUUCAAAGAGCUUGUAAUGUGGCUGUGGCGCAUUUAGACAAAAUAUCAGAUGUUGUGGAAUUCACAAAAGACAAUACCGAUAAUUUGCUAAAGACGGCAAUGACAAGUUUGGGGAGUAAAAUUGUUUCUAAACAUCAUGAACAAUUCGCCAAAAUUGCCGUUAAUGCUGUCCUCUCGGUGGCUGACUUUGAGCGUAAAGACGUUGAUUUUGAACUUAUUAAAGUAGAAGGCAAAGUCGGCGGCUCUCUUGCCGAUACUAUACUGGUAAAAGGGGUGGUAGUCGAUAAAGACAUGUCACAUCCACAAAUGCCUCGGGAAAUUCAUGACGCAAAAAUCGCCAUAUUGACUUGUCCCUUCGAACCGCCAAAACCGAAAACUAAACAUAAGCUGGAUAUCACGUCCGUGGACGAAUACAAAAAAUUGCAAAAUUAUGAGCGGGAAAAAUUUGAAGAAAUGAUAAAACUCGUAAAAGACACGGGAGCAAAUCUUGUGAUUUGUCAAUGGGGAUUCGAUGACGAGGCUAAUCAUUUGUUGAUGCAAAAUAAAUUGCCGGCUGUUCGCUGGGUUGGUGGACCUGAAAUUGAGCUUAUUGCAAUCGCUACCAAUGGACGCAUCGUUCCGCGAUUUGAAGACCUCAGAGCCGAAAAACUUGGAACUGCCGGUAUAGUACGCGAAAUUUCAUUUGGAACAACGAAAGAACGAAUGCUUGUAAUUGAAGAAUGCUCCAACACAAGAGCUGUAACAGUUUUUGCGCGUGGUAGUAAUAAGAUGAUUGUUGACGAAGCCAAGCGUGCUAUCCAUGAUGCACUUUGCGUUGUUCGGAAUCUUGUUCGAGAUAAUCGUGUUGUAUAUGGUGGCGGUGCAGCUGAAAUUAGUUGCUCAUUAGCAGUCUCCAAGGCUGCUGGACAGAUAUCAACAAUUGAACAAUAUGCCAUGCGCGCCUUUGCUAAUGCAUUAGAUGCGACACCAUUGGCAUUAGCCGAAAAUUCAGGAUUAUCCCCAAUUGAGACCUUAUCAAACAUCAAAUCACGGCAAGUGACAGAAAAUAAUAGUCGACUUGGAAUCGACUGCAUGAACACUGGUUCUCAUGAUAUGAAAGAAAAAUUCGUCUAUGAUCCGCUUAUUUCGAAGCGACAACAAUUUCUUUUGGCAACUCAACUUGUAAAGAUGAUUUUGAAGAUUGAUGAUGUUAUUACUACGGGUGCUUCAGACGCGGGCUAUUAA